AGUGAAAAAACAAUGAUCUGGGUGGUGACCAAGAGGGUGCUUGCGGUGGAGGAAGUGGUGAAUGCAAGGUACGGAGUGAUUGAGCAGUGGGCAUUGUUGUUGAGGAAUGCGUGGCCUAAGGUUUCUACGGUUUGUAAGAUUUUCAAAGACCAAGAGCCAUUCUAUGGUACAAUUUGCUUAUACAAUAGGGAGAGAAGAGAAAAAUUGUCAGAAGAUUUCUAUUUUAGCUUUCUACCAACUGAAAUGCAGGAUACUAAUAAAGUAUCUUCAGAACCUCGUGGACUUUUCUAUUUAGAUGCUCCGUCAGCAUCUGUGUGUCUACUAAUCCAAUUAGAGAAGCCUGCAACAGAAGAAGGGGGAGUGACUCCUUCUGUUUAUUCACUAGCAAUUCCAAGUGGAUUCCUAAUGAUGAGAAAAAUGCAUCUGGAAAUGGAAACACUCAUGGAAAUCCGGAUCUCAAUGUUGGUGAUGUAAGCAGAAUGCCUUUCUUGUGUUUGUAUUUUCUUUUUAUAUUUUUGUUGCAUUUCAGUUGCUUAUUUGCAUGGCUGAUAGGAAACAACCAGGGAAUUUUUCUUGUGUUCUGUACAUAAGGAGAGGCUGGAUUAUUUGGAAGAUGGAAAAACUAUUUUUAAAUUGCGAUUAAGGCUUUGCUCAUCUUUUUACCCAAUUAACGACCGCAUACGGGAUUUUUUUAACAAGCCCUCCCUGGGGUUCUGAACUUGUGGAGGUAUAUUGGCUAUGCUUCUUUCUUCAGUCUUUUCAGUUGUCUUGGUUAAAUCUAUUAUUAGUAUUCAUAAUCUCUUUAGUUUUGGUGUUUUUGUAAUUUUCAAGUCAACUGAAAUUAUUUUAU